GGCCUCUGGGAAGGCGCCGCCGCCAGGUGACAGCCCUCGGCGCUGCCGGGGCCCCAGCGGGCCGGGCUGAGGCGGCCGGGCCGGGGCGCCGCGGAGGGCCGGGAGUCCGCCCGCCAUCCCGGCGGCGCGGCCGGAGCCAUGGAGCGGGCGGCGGCGGCGGCAGGCCCGGCGGUAGAAGGCGGCGGCGUCACCCGGCGAGCCGUGCGGGCGGGGGGCGCCGCGGCGGCGGGCGCGGGGUCGCGGCAGCCCAGCACCGAGACCCUGGACAGCCCGACUGGAUCCCACGUGGAAUGGUGUAAACAGCUGAUAGCUGCAACCAUUUCCAGUCAGAUUUCAGGGUCUGUCCCAACAGAAGGUGUGUCCAGAGACUACAGGGUGUACAGGAGGCCAGGUGUACGGGCACUGCGGGAUGGAAACAAAGUGGCACAGAUGGAAGAGGCUCCACUUUUUCCUGGAGAAUCAAUCAAAGUUAUUGCUAAGGAUGUGAUGUACAUCUGUCCAUUCAUGGGAGCUGUCAGCGGUACACUCACAGUGACAGACUUCAGGAUGUUCAUCAAAAGUGUGGAGAGGGAUCCACCUUUUGUUGUUGAUGUUCCCCUUGGAGUCAUAAGUAGGGUUGAAAAAAUUGGAGUACAGAGCCAUGGAGACAAUUCAUGUGGUAUAGAAAUAGUUUGCAAGGAUAUGAGAAAUUUGCGGCUGGCCUAUAAACAGGAAGAGCAGAACAGACUGGAGAUCUUUGAAAACCUUGUAACACGUGCAUUUCCUGUUUCUAAUGGGCUGCCUCUUUUUGCAUUCAGCUAUAAAGAAAAGUUUGCUGUUAAUGGCUGGAAAGUGUAUGAUCCAAUGGCAGAAUAUAAGAGGCAGGGCCUGCCCAAUGAGAGUUGGAAAAUCUCCAAAAUUAACAGCACCUAUGAGCUUUGUGACACAUAUCCUGCUGUUCUUGUUGUGCCAACCAGUGUGAAGGAUGAUGACCUCUCAAAAGUGGCAGCAUUUAGAGCAAAAGGGAGAGUUCCUGUGUUAUCCUGGAUUCAUCCUGAGAGCCAAGCAACAAUCACACGGUGCAGCCAGCCAUCAGUUGGCCCAAAUGAUAAACGUUGCAAGGAGGAUGAAAAAUAUUUGCAGACAAUAAUGGAUGCCAAUGCUCAGUCACAUAAACUUAUCAUCUUCGAUGCCAGGCAGAACAGUGUUGCAGAUACAAACAAGGCUAAAGGUGGAGGAUAUGAGAGUGAAAGUGCCUACCCCAACGCAGAGCUGGUCUUUCUGGAGAUUCACAAUAUCCAUGUCAUGAGGGAAUCCCUGAGGAAACUCAAAGAAAUUGUUUAUCCCACUAUUGAUGAGACUCGGUGGCUGUCAAACGUGGACUCCACACACUGGCUGGAAUAUAUAAGGAUGCUUCUUGCUGGAGCAGUAAGAAUUGCAGAUAAAAUAGAAUCUGGUAAAACCUCUGUAGUGGUGCACUGCAGCGAUGGCUGGGACCGAACUGCACAGCUCACUGCCCUGGCCAUGCUGAUGCUGGACAGCUAUUACAGGACCAUCAAGGGCUUUGAAGUUCUUGUAGAGAAGGAAUGGAUAAGUUUUGGACAUCGAUUUGCAAUGCGAGUGGGACACGGAGAUGAUGAUCAUGCAGAUGCUGACAGAUCUCCCAUUUUCCUGCAGUUCAUUGACUGUGUUUGGCAAAUGACAAAGCAGUUUCCUGCAGCCUUUGAAUUCAAUGAGUUAUUUUUGAUCACCAUUCUGGAUCACCUUUAUAGUUGUCUCUUUGGGACUUUCUUAUGCAACUGUGAAAAAGAGAGAUUAAAAGAGGAGCUGAGCACAAAGACUGUAUCCCUGUGGUCCUACAUAAACAGCCAGCUGGAGGAAUUCACCAAUCCCUUCUAUGUCAACUAUGAAAACCACGUCCUGUAUCCCGUUGCCAGCCUGAGCCACCUGGAGCUGUGGGUGAGCUACUACAUCAGGUGGAACCCCAGGAUGCGCCCUCAGGUUCCAAUCCACCAAAACCUCAAGGAGCUCCUGGCCAUCAGGACAGAGCUGCAGAAGAAGGUGGAGGAUUUGCAGCGAGAGGCUGCCACACGCUCCAUCUCCUCCUCCUCUGACAGAGGCUCCUCUCCCUCCCACUCUGCCACGCCCGUGCACACCUCCGUGUGAUGUGAGCAAAAGCCAUGUGAAAAACCAGUGUCAGGCAACACAGAGAGGGUGAAACGCUUCUCCCAUCCCAACAGGACUGUGAGUGACCUGGAAUUGCUGUGCUCUACAUGCCUUACUCUGUGUCUGAUGCUAUCACCAUGAGGCCAAAAAAGAGCUUCAGUGGAUGUGAUGUGUUUUCUUGUUGGCAGUUCCCACGUGUGUUUUGACACUCUAGCUAAGUCACCAAUUGUGAAAUUAAACUUUGUUUUGAGCAACUAACAAUUUAACCAUUCUAAAAAGGAAUCCAUCUGCCAAGCAGACAGAAAAAUGCCUCACACACUGUCUGGAGUACUCUGCCUGGUUGAGAGAAUCAGAUGAAAUGCUUACACAGAACACAAAAUGUCUUUCUGAAUGGGAGCUCCUUAUUUCACUCAGUUACACUUUUUAAUUUUUUUUUCUAGAGCAAUUUAUUUUUUUUAGGUAACGCACUUCGAAAUUGAUUUUAAAAUAAAUGUUUUCCAGUGUAGUCAGUUUUACAUUUCAAACUAAAUAUGCCAUUAAAAGUGGAUGAAGUCGAGCUGGAUUUAUCAAGUACGCCACACUGACUUGUAUGAUGUAAUAUAUUUGGUAAAGCACGUAUUUUAGGUUUUUUUAAUGCCUUUUGUACAAGUUGGAAUAAAGUCUUUUGACUGUUUAGCUUAUGAUUCAGUUUCACCCUCCUGAGCGAGGGGUAAACUUGCUCAUGUCAAGGUUCUUGUACAAAGUAAAAGUUUGUUUUCUAGCAAAUGGUAAUAUUUGGGGUUGGAAUGACAGCCAGCUGUGUAAAUUGUAUAGUCUGUAUAGCUCCACGUUGUGCAGUGUGUUUUGUUUUAAGUGUACACACAAAAUGCAAAGCUGUGUGCGUUUACACCCAUGUGUUUGUGAUGUUAAACAUCUGCAUCCUCCCGUGGGUUUCUGUACCUUCAGAAAAUGGAUCCUGCCUGCCCCAAACCCUUCUGAGGACCUUAACUUGCAAUGACUUUGUUUGACAAAGUUUUUUGAAUAAUAUGAUAUUGUUUUUCUUGAAAUAAAGCCUCUUGACUUUUUGUUUUUUAAA